AAAUACCACUAUAGGGCAGCAAGUCCUGACCAGCCGUGGACUGAACUACAAUAGCUACUUUUAUUGGAUAUCAGUCGGGGCAUUGCUUGGGUACAUUCUACUUUUCAGUGUUGCAUUUAUGUUGGCCUUAACUUUUAAAAGAUCUAUUGGGGUCUCUCGUGCUAUUAUCUCUCGUGCAAAGCUUUCUCAGAUGCAAAAAGGAGGAGAUAUUGAUAACUCAACAGUCCUAACAAAUCAGUCCAGAAAGGUGCCCCAGACAAGUACUGCUGAACCCAAAAGAAAUGGAAGGAUGGUUUUACCUUUUAUUCCCCUCACAGUGACAUUCCAAGAUGUGAAUUACUAUGUUGAUACUCCACUGGUAAUCAUGUUAGAGUAAUUACGACAUCAGUUUAUUAAAAGCUUCUGAGAAUUGGAAGUCAGUAGACUUCCAAUGA